CUUCAGGUCUGAUGGGUCCCUCCCGUGGUGGCUCGCCCACCCACCCCCCUUCCCGGCUUUAGACCUCCCUCCCUCUUUUUGCCUUUGGGUGCUCCUGGAACACGGAUAGAAGUGGGGGGGGGGAUUAAUUUUCCAGUCAUCAUUCCUUCAAACCGAAAAAUAAAUAAGUCCGUAUGACUCAUCUUCUGUUACAAACCAAAAGCAACCACUAAGUGGUUCUUUCCUUCCUUUUUUAUUUUAUUUUUUUUUUAUAUAUGAAAUGGAGCAAACAAAAGCACAUCCCCAAACUCUUGUUAUGUGGCACAUACUGGCCGAAUUGAUGAAUGAGAAUGCUCUAGGAAUCAGUCAGUCCUUUUCUUUCCUGUAAGUCUUUUUGUUGGGGGAGUGGAGCUCCUGUCGUUCCACCAAGCAACUUUCUUGCCCAAAGUGUGUCUUCAGUGCCGGUGGGUUUUCUGUUCCGUCAUAGGUGCUACACAUGAAGUAUAAACGAAGCUUCAUGAAGUGGGGCGUACCUCACAUUUUUCAGGGGAAGGGAGAUUGUACAGCAGUUGGAGUAGACUGAGGUUCUGUGUGCUCACACACACUGUUCUGUGAGGAUUCCAUCCACCAGUUCGUGAUAGCAGUAGGUGAAUUUGGCCUUCGGAGAGUCCAAGAGGAAGGUUUGGGUAUCUUAUCUUCCCAUGCAGGAUCAGAGUGAGCGUGGCUGCCAGGACACAGCUCAGAUAACUAUGUAGAAUUUGUUUUACAGUGAGGUCGCUUGUUUGCAUUUGCAUUAGACAAGAAACUUAAAAGAGCAGUUUGAGAAAAGAAAGCUGAAAGGACCAGGUGCUCCUGAGUUUUUGUCGUUGUUUUUGAUUUGUUAGAACCGGCUGUUGUGAAGCUAGUUCGCAGUUAUAAUCAAUACAGUAGGGCCUGUCAUUGGCGCCCAGAAAGAUGACGUUACUUAGGAAAUGCUGCAUCUGAAGAUCUCCAGGUUACUUUCAUCUGCCAAAUGAAUGAGCUCAUCUCAAAGCAUAUAUGUAUUCAAAACAACCCCAGAACAGCCUUUGUGGAUUAAUCAAUGACAAAUCAGAUUUUCUAUUUUAAGAGUCCUUAAUGCAGCUCCAAAACGUAACUGAUUAUUUAAUUUUUUGAGUGAUCCUGAAUUUAUGUUCUGUUGACUAUGUUUUAAUACUCACUGUGUUGUCUAAGCUUUUUAGGAAAAAAAAAAUAUAUAUAUAUAUAUAUAUAUAUGUUCCUGAAAGAGUAUGUGCAAAACACUCAGUGCAGGAAAAAAACAAAACUUUUAAUGUGUAACAGCUUUAUUGAAGUAUAAUUCAUAUAUACAACUCAUCCAUUUGAAAUAAACAAGUGCUCCUGGCAUAGUCAGCAUUGUAAAGCCAGGACAGUACUCAGUUAGAAUAUUUUUAUCACAGCAGAAAAUUAACCUUGGACCUACUAGAAGCUUUCCUCCUGGUCCUCCACGCCUCCUGCCUCUAGGCCAGUCAGUCUGAUCACUCUCUGUGUAGACUUACCUGUUCUGGACAUUAAAAUGAGGGGAAUCUCAAUAUGUGGUAUUGUGUGCUUCUGCUUUGCCUUUCCAUGGUAUGUGUAUGGGUCUCCCAUCUUGUACCACAUGUUAAGACUUCAUCCCUUGUAAUUGCCAGUUCCAUUGUUCGUGUAUACCAUACUUUGUUCAUCAUUUGGUGGGUAUUUGGAAUGUUUCUACUUUGUAGCUGGUAUGAAUAGUGCUGCCAUGGACAUAUCUGUACAUGUUUUUUGUGGGGGCAUAUGUUUUUGUUUUCUUGGGCUUCUAGCUAGUAAAAUUACUGGAAAUGUCAUAGCUCUUUAACCUUUAGAGAGAACUACAAAUCUCCAAAAUGAAGCUAUCGUAGUAAAUUUUAAUGAUUUUUUUUUCUUUACUUUUUAUGUGUAUGGGUGUUUUGCCUGCAUGUAUGUAUGGCCACCAUAUGUGUGCCUGGUACCCUGGAAGGUUAAAAGCUCCCCACCCCCCACUGGAGUUACAGAUUGUUAAUAACUACCAUGCAAAUCCUCUGCAAAGUAGCAAGUGAUCUUAACUGUUGAGCCAUCUCUCCAGCCCUGAGGACUAGAUUUUCAAAUGGACUCUUCUGUUUUCUGUUUCAAAUCAUCUCACCGAAUUUGUAACUUGAGUUAGAGUUUGACUUAUUUAGUAAAACUGGUGUAGUAUUUAUUACACUGAUUCUUUUGGGGUGUUACUUGGUUUUAUUUUAGUCAUCAGAAGCAAUGUGAUGUGUUCUUCACUGAACUACUGCUUAAAACUAAGUAGUAAGAAUCCCAGUAGUAUUUCCUAAGAGGUCUCUGAGUAUGAAAAAACAUUAGUGAUUAUUACUGGACAUGUAUACAAGGUAAAAUUGAAAGGAGAGGAGAGAGCUGUAAGGGGGCAUAUUGUACAGAACUUUAUUUUCCUGCAUGCGUGCGGUUUUUGUUGUUGCUGCUGUUUGGAUUUGUGUUUUGUUUUUAAGAACACUUUGUUCUUUACAGGGAAAAAUGAAGAACGAAAUUGCUGCUGUUGUCUUCUUUUUCACGAGGCUGGUUCGAAAACAUGACAAGUUGAAAAAAGAAGCAGUUGAGAGGUUUGCUGAGAAAUUGACUCAAAUACUUCAGGAGAAAUAUAAAAAUCACUGGUAUCCAGAAAAACCAUCAAAAGGACAAGCCUACAGAUGCAUUCGUGUCAAUAAGUUUCAGAGAGUUGAUCCAGAUGUCCUGAAAGCCUGUGAGAAGAGCUGCAUUUUGUACAGUGACCUGGGCUUGCCCAAAGAGCUCACACUCUGGGUGGAUCCAUGUGAGGUGUGCUGUCGGUAUGGAGAGAAAAACAAUGCAUUCAUCGUUGCCAGCUUUGAAAAUGAGGAUGAGAACAAGGAUGAGAUUUCCAAGAAAGUUAGCAGGGCUCUUGAUAAGGUGACUUCUGAUUAUCAUUCAGGAUCCUCCUCUUCAGAUGAAGAAACAAGCAAGGAAGUGGAAGUGAAACCGAGUUCAGUGACUGCAACACCAAGCCCCGUGUACCAGAUUUCAGAACUGAUAUUCCCACCUCUUCCUAUGUGGCACCCAUUGCCCAGAAAAAAGCCAGGAAUGUACCGAGGGAAUGGCCAUCAGUCUCACUAUCCACCUCCUGUGCCAUUUGGUUAUCCCAACCCAGGAAGGAAGAAUAAAGCCUACCGUCCGAUUCCAGUGACCUGGGUACCUCCUCCUGGAAUGCACUGUGACCGGAAUCACUGGAUUAAUCCUCACAUGUUAGCACCUCACUAGUUCCUUUUGAUUGUGGUGAUGUCAUGUUGAAAGAAAGGAAGAAUAUACCUUAAGAUAUACUAAAAGUUCAUACUGGUAGUGAAGUUAGAUGGACCAAACCAUCAAACUUAUUUUUAUAGAAAAGUUACUGAGAAUAAUCUUUCUUAAAAAAGUAUAUAUAUGCACUUUAGAUACAUUGAAAUAGUUUGAGAAACUUUAUUAAAGUUAGUCAAGUGCCUGAGUUUUUACUAUUGGACUUAAGUAUUUAUAUAUUGUGCAUUGACUCUGUUGGAUACAAAAACACUGUAGGAGUGGGCGAUGUGUUCUAGCACCUUUGAGCAUUUACUUUAUGGAGAGUAUGUAAGUUAUUUAUACACAGGAAAUCUAUUUUAUGUCAUUAUUUAGAAGAAUUGCGUGAAAUCAUGUAGUUGCAAAUAAAAAGUAGUUUGAGGCAUGA